UCCUGUGUAUGCUACAUUCAUGAUGAUAUGGAAAGGGGAUGUAAAAUAGGCGCAUAUCAAUGACACCUUACUGUGUGUCCCCAAUAAGUAAUCUUCUUGAGUGAAUACAAAAUUCUAAACCUAGUUGAUUUCAUGUGCUGUUGCCGUCUAUCCUGGAGGGUGGUAUGGCAAGCCACGAUCGAGGAAGCCCUCCUCCAGAAAAUUUAAGCACUUGUUAUUCGUCAAAGCAGAAAACACCUCUGCUGGAAUCUCCCUGUUUUGCCAGGAGAUGGGUUUUCUCUUCUAAAGAUUGUUCUAAUUGCAUGGGCCAGAAGAACUCAGAAUUACGAGAUAAGAUUGUGGUUGUUUCAUACAAUAUACUUGGUGUUCAAAAUGCAUCAAAUCAUCCGGAUCUGUAUUCUAAUAUUCCACAUAGGUUCUUGGAGUGGGACAAGCGGAAAAGGCUCAUACUUGAAGAGAUUAACAACUAUAAUGCCAGCAUACUGUGUUUCCAGGAGGUUGAUCAUUUUAAUGAUCUAGACAAUCUUUUCAAGAACAGUGGCUUUAAAGGUACUUAUAAGGCUCGCACUGGGGAAGCAAAAGAUGGAUGUGCUGUAUUUUGGAAAGACGAGUUAUUCAAUCUUUUGCAUCAAGAAGAUAUAGAGUUCCAAAGAUUUGGCAUGCGUAACAAUGUUGCCCAGCUGUGUAUUUUGGAGGGAAACCAUGAUAAAAAAGAAUCCAACGCAUGUAACCUAACCACAAUGGAACCAUCCACAGGAAAAAGAAGAUUUGUUGUGGGAAACAUACAUGUGCUAUUCAACCCAAAUCGUGGUGACAUCAAACUGGGCCAGGUCAGACUUUUACUUGAUAAAGCUUACAAGUUGUCACAAGAAUGGGGCAACAUCCCUGUUAUUAUUGCUGGGGAUUUGAAUAGUGUUCCACAGAGUGCCAUAUACAAGUUUCUGUCUUCAUCAAAGUUAGACAUCCAAUUACAUGAUCGCCGAAAUAUGUCAGGACAGCUUGAAAUCCAGUCCAACAGACUCUUCAGAUCACAGAUUCGUGAUGAUGCUAGCAUUUCGAUGACUCUUUCAAGGCAAUUGCUAUAUAGAUGGAGUGUGGAAGAACUAAGAAUUGCAACAGGAGCAAAAGGAAUCACUCAACUUCAGCACCAGCUCAAACUCCGCAGUGCUUAUAGUGGUGUUCCUGGAGACCAUAGAACAAGAGAUGAUAUUGGGGAGCCCUUGGCAACAUCAUACCACUCCAAGUUCAUGGGAACUGUUGAUUAUAUCUGGCAUUCCGAUGAUCUUGUUCCACUUAGAGUUCUUGAAACCUUGCCAAUUGAUAUUCUUAGAAGAUCUGGAGGACUCCCCAGUGAGAAAUGGGGAAGUGAUCACCUAGCUGUUGUAUGUGAGUUGGCUUUUAGCAAACAACAACAAUGUCUGAGGUCUGAACCUUAAGCUGAUUAACAAAUAUGGAGAUUGAGAGUCAAAGCAUUGCACCGCCGUGGUAAUUCUCAUUGAAUGGUUACCAUUAUGUCCUCUUUCCCUUUCAAGAUUUCAUACUCUUCUAAUUCCUUUAGCCGUGAAGGAGCAUCAUGAGAUCUUGCUGUGAACUUCACUUGAUAAGCAUCGUCUUGCAAUCGAUCUGCAAAUUCCUCCUUUCUAGCUCUGAUGUUGCGUGGAACUUGAAAGUGCUUUAAAAUUCAUCAAGAACUUGCUGUGUUACGAUGUUCAGAGAGCAGUUAGUAUACCUAAGAUAUUUUGAUAUUCAAAGACAAAUUUGCUUCUAUUUUCACUACUCUUUUGUAGAGUUUUAUGCAGCAUCUUCAAAAUUGAAACACCAAUUCUCCAAAUGUAAUAGUGAAAUAUUUAUCAAUUUAUGAGUAAUUGCCUUUUACGCCCC